AUGGCGAUGAUAAGCUUACUUGAAGCCUUCAUAGCAUCCCUUUUCUUCCUUGUAUUCCUAUAUUUCUUCCUCCACAAGAAAUCUCACGGCGGUCCUAUUCUCAAGAGCUGGCCGUUCCUCGGGAUGCUUCCAGGGAUGCUCGUCCAACUCCCUCGUAUCUUCGACUGGACCGCCGAGGUUCUUGAGGCCACAAAUCUGACGUUUUCGUUCAAAGGGCCAUGGUUUAGUGGAACAGACUUGUUGUUCACGGCUGAUCCAAAGAAUAUCCAUCACAUUCUAAGCACAAACUUUGGGAAUUACCCUAAAGGGCCUGAGUUCAAGAAGAUCUUUGAUGUUUUGGGAGAUGGAAUCUUAGCCGCUGAUCUGGAGUUGUGGGAGGAUCUGAGGAAGUCAAGUCACGCCUUAUUUCACCAUCAAGAUUUCGAGAAGCUCUCAGUAAGUACCAAUACAAGUAAGCUAAAGGAAGGUCUUGUUCCUUUUCUUGAUAAUGCUGCUGCGAAAAACAUUAUCAUAGACUUGCAAGAUUUGUUGCAUAGAUUCAUGUCUGAUACUUCUUCGAUUUUGAUGAUUGGUUAUGAUCCAAUGUCUCUAUCAAUUGAAACGCCGGAAGUUGAGUACGGUGAAGCAGCGGAGUUCGGUGAAGCAGCGGAUCUCGCUGAAGAAGCCAUCUAUUAUAGACAUUUCAAACCGGUGAUGUUGUGGAGGCUUCAAAACUGGAUUGGUGUUGGACUUGAGAGGAAGAUGAAAAAUUCUUUUUUCAGUUUCAAUCAAAUUGUCUGA